UAUACUGAAACCUGUUUUUAUCAUUGAUAUCAGAUUUCAUAUUUGAUCUUUCUGGCGUGCUCGGGCAUGCUAGCCAAGAGCUGCCAAAAGUGGACGGGAGCAUUUGUUAGCAGAGGGGGCAGGAAGUGUGAAAACUUUUGUGAAAGGUUUUUGGUUGGCUAUAAAUAUAAUUCCCAUUGAUUCAUUCACAAAGGAGGUCUUGUUUGCAUAGGGUAUAUUAUUGACUGAUAUCUGUUGAUAGAACUGCAGGUUUUCUUUCAAGUGUGUUUGCGGAACAGUUUUUAGUCUCUCUGUCUGAACUUGGUGAGACCAUUUCUCUGUAUGUAUUUCACUGGUUCUCAUGGAAAGUCUAUGGUGUGGAUGUAUCCGGUUAUCAGUCAGGUGAUCGAUGAAAUUUUGAGAAGUUUUCGAUUUCUUGCUUACAUCCAAGGAAUUAUGGCAUCGGGGAGUAGGAAGAGAAAGCGUGUUGAAUUUGCCCUUGAUAUAUCACCUGUUGGUAUAAGCUUGACCAGUGAAAACUGCUGUAGCCAGGAUGACCAGCGCUAUCAUACACAACUGGGUUUUGUCCUGGUCAAUCCAGAAGACACAGUGGUCAGUGACCUGAGAGGGGCCAUCGCUCAACAACUGGAGACUGUGCCAGUCAAUUACAGGUUUCUCACAAAACAAGGCUGGCCUGUGAGACAGAAGCAGGAACCUCAGAUCAAAGCAUCUCAUCUCGUCACAGAGGAAGGGCUUAUCAGAAUACAACGGGAUUAUGGAGAACCACGUGUCGGUGUGAUCUGUGAAACAGGGCCCGCUCUGGGCUUUGUCUUCAUGUCGUCUCUACAACUCACCAUUAACAAGCUACGUCAAGCCAUUCUUGCCCAAUCUAAAGAUGUAUCCAUUGUGUUGCCGAGUCCUUCCAGCUCACAGCCGAGCCAAGAUUCAAACAAGUUUGACCCCACCCAAUCAGAAUCUUCCCCCUGCUCUUUGGGUAGCAUGCGGGAGUUGAUGCACAACGACUUCCUCUUCCUUGACUGCAACGGCUGGCCGGUCAACAGGCAGCAGGAAUCCACCUUGACCAUCCUCGACAUCAUGGUCCAGUCCUCGGUCAAGGUCAGAGUUCAAGGUUCACUACUAGAGUUAACCGGUCAGUCUGCCCUUGAGGAGUCCCAGAGCAGCUUUGCAUCGACCAUGGCUGAGUUCGGCAUGAUGACCCCGCCUUCGAAAAUGCAGAAAGUGAGCAAAUCACCAAACAACCUCUCCCUUGACACAUCCAUAAACUACUCCCCUCACAAGAUGCAGCCAAGGAGUCCCCUCACCACCAACCCAGACUCGCCCUUCACCAGCAAGACGCCAGCCAGUGCCAAGCAGAUCCUCAUCAGCUAUGUCAGGGCGGAGGCAACGCAGUAUGCGCUGGAUCUGAAGACAGAGCUAGAGGCGCUCAAGUUCAGUGUGUACUUGGAUGUACAUGAAAUAUUUUGUGGAACUGACUGGCAGGAUAGUCUAAACUUUGCAGUGAGUAACUGUGCAGUCUUUGUACCCCUGGUCACACCAAGGUAUGGGGAGACACAAUGGACCAAUCGAGAGGUGAAACUUGCCGAUGUACUUCAGAAGUACAUAGUACCCGUGAGCUUCUUGGAUUCCUGGCCUCCGAGGUGCCUAGCCAUUCAGUUUGCCACGACACAGUUCAUCAACUGGAAGAAGCCUAAACCUGGCCAGCCAGCCACACCACACUCGCCAUCCAAAGAGACAAGCAUGGACAGUCCAAUGAAGAAAUGCUAUGAAUGGGAAAAGAAAGAUGUUCAUUGUGUUGCCGUGGAUAUCGGUAAACGAUGCCAAUCUAGAAGGAUAAACAACCUCACUAAUGGGCUGCCCGCUCUGACGAGAGGGAAGACAGUGAGUGUUGGAGACAUCUUGAAUGAAGGGAGAGAGGAUGGAGACAGGCUUCUUGUUAUCAGCACACAUCCAAAACAGGAAGAAUUUGGUGCCGAGUUGAAGAAGUUGUUUGAGAGUAAGGGAUAUGAUGUCUGGGUGACGACAGAGCUCUCCAGGUUGAGUGGCACAGACACAGAAUCAGUAUUAUCAGAUGGCACACUUAUCCUAGACAGCAAUGAAGAGGUGAUGGACGGUGUGUUUGCGAGUAACCCUGCAACGCUCUUCCAAGAGAAAGUAGAUGAGGCUUCUAUCGUUCUCUUUGUCCUGUCAAAGGCCUUUGCUGAAUCAGCAACUUGCAAAGGACAGGUAUUCUAUUGCGAGCAGAGGAAGAGAGUGGUCCCUCUAGCGUAUGAAGACUUUGAGAUGCCUGGCUGGAUGUCGAUGCUCAUCGGUACAAGUACAUUUGAGAAUGUAAGUCGGACCGAUUACAAGGACCACCUGCUAGCAAGGAUAGACAGGGCGUGUGACCCAUCCACCCUCGAAGAGGAUGAAGACACUGCCAUUGAAAAACAAGUUUCGCGUGCAGUUAGUUUUGUAUGCAAGAGCCUGCCUGAUACAGGAUGUGUAUAUAUUGCUGGGGGUACUAAGUACUACUAUGACAAGAGUGCAGAAAUAUGCAAAGCGAUCGGAGCAGCCCUGGCCAAGCUGCCGACCGUCACCCUGAUCACCGGAGGAUUCUACGGGGUGGGUCAAGACGUAUCCAAGAGCUUCUAUGAUGAGAGGAGAAAACUGAAGAUGGAACCGAGGGUGUGGCACAUCCUACCUACCAAAGAUGAAAGGGAUUGCAGUGCCCAAGCUGACCAGAGACCAGACAAGUCUUUCAAGAAACCACCGUUUGGUCAAACUCUUUACUGCGGUGAGAGCGUCAGACAGAGAGAGUCUAUUGUUUCCAAGGUCUUUGACAUCUGUAUCAUUGUAGAAGGUGGACCUGGUGCUGCGCAUGAAGCAGAAGAGUUCACAUGGAGUGACCAUACCGUCAUACCAAUCAAAUGUACAGGGGGAGCAGCAGGUGGCAAAUUCAAGGUGCCUCACAAGAUAUUUGAGCUUCCACCGGGUGUCAAUAGAGAUGACUGGCAGUUGCUAAGCAACAAGUCUGUGUCGGCAGUAGAGAUAGGUGCAGCCGUGGCUCGCAUCGUGAGGGCACUGCAAGAGGGAGUGGUAUCACAGAUCACGUGUCAGAAGUCGUUCCGUCAGCGACCUUCUCUUUUGAGGGGUAAGAGUCUCCCAUACAUGGAGAGAAUAUAAAGUAUUUGGAGCAAGGCUUGCCACGCUUGAUAUGGUGCUUUAAGUUUUGGUACUUCUGUUAUGAUGAAUGCAUCGAUGACGUUAUGGACGUUGUGAAAAAAAAAAACGGUUGCUAAGGGGAAUCAUCCCACGAAGCUCUUGAUACAGCUGCAGUAAAUUUAAAAAAGAGCUGUCAAAUAAUAUAUCUGCCCAACAGUUCAGGUGCAUUGAAACACAAUAGGUGGACAUAUAAGCAGCUCUCGCAAAAGAAAUUAGGAUUUUUGAAUAG